GAUGACAUCAAUGAAAUUCGCAAGCAACAGGAAAAGCAAGCCAAGGAGGCGGAGGAGAAGGAGAGACAACAGCAGCAGCAACAGCAGGCUGCACAGGGCGGACAGGGCGGGGCAGACUACGAGGACAAUGGCGGCGAUGACAGCAAUGGAGCUGGGGAGGAGGUGCCCACGGAAGGUGCUGAGGUGGCCGAAGGAGCAGGAGGAGAGGGUGGAGAAGGAGCUGCUGAAGGUGCAAAUGCCGGAGAACACGGUGCAGCAGAGGAUGCCGGAGUUGCUGGAGCCGCAGGUACUGAUGGAAGCCAUGCCAAUGAUGGUCAGAACAGUGCAGUGGGCGCGGUGAGUCCAGUGCAGGGCAACUCUUUUCAUAACCCAAACCCUGGCUAUGGCAACUCCAAUGCGUACGCCCCGGUGAGCAAUCAGAUGCAGUCCCCACCUGCUGCCUACCAGAACAGCUACCAGCCAAUUCAGCCGCCGAUGAUGCCUCCGGUGGUUCAGCGGGGGCCACUGCAGCCGUCAAUUGAGUACUCAAACAAUGGCUACCCGGCAAACAAUGGCAUGCUCAAUCACCAGCCAAUGGGUCAACUGAAUCAGCUGAACAACAACCAGCUCGGCGGCUACCAGUCUGGAGUGCAAUACGAUGAUCCAAAUCAGCUGUACAAUCAGCAACAGCAUCAACAGCAGCAACAACAGCAGUACAAUCCCUUUCAACUGACCACGACACCUUCGCCCAUCAGCCAGCAGUAUGGAGGGCCACCAUCUAAUCCACUGCUGCAGCAUUUCAACGGACCGCCACAUCCUUCGCAGUUCAACAGGGGCUACAAUCGACAGCAGACUCCGCAGCAGUCACCUAGACCCUGGCAAACACCAUCGCAGCCGUUCAACGGCGGACUCAACUUUGACCCUCGAAGACUACAAGGAAAUCCCCGCAAUUCAAUGGCCAACUUUGGCGGCGCAAACGGCAACACAAUUCACAGUGAUGAUCCUUAUCGCUCUAAUGUGUUCAACCAACAACGACCAGCGUUUCAGCAAAGACCACGAGG